AUGAAAAAUAACAGAUAAAAUUUUAUUGAUUUGAUUAUCCAUCUUCUUGAUCUAGAGGAAUAAAUAGAAAAUACAAAGAUUCAUAUGACUUCAAAUGAAUACUUCACUCUUUAUAGAGCAUUUCAAAUAAUUGAUGAGUAAAAUACAAAUUAAAUAACACCAGAAGCAAUUUCAAAAUUAACUUCUAAACCUAUAUAAUAAUGCAUCUUAUUAAUUGAAUAUUACUCUGAAUUUAAAGAUAAUAAGUUGUCUUUUGCUAACUUUAUGAAUUUAUGUUUACCAAGAAGUAAACCUUAAUUAAGAGCAUAAUUAACAUAAAAACUAUAAAAAACUAUUGGUUCACCUGAAGAACAAGAAUUAAUAAAAGAACAUUUAUCUAUUCUAAUAGCUAAUGAAAUUUAUUUCUUAUAAUAAAUUAAACAAUAUCCAAUAGAAAUAGAAGGGUUGUUAGAGUACCCAUUCAAAUAAAAAGAUUUAAAUUAAUUAGUAAGUGAUUUUGGCUAUAAAAUAAAUACAGAAGUUAUUUGGAAGAGAUUGGAUUUUGAUUAGAAUGGUAUUGUUACUUAUGAAGAUAUGAAGAAAUUAUUUAGAGAGUAUGAAUAAUAAUUAGAUGUAAAUGAAUAGGAUAAGGAUUAAUUAAGAAAUAAGGAUAUAAAGUUGGGAUGGAUAAAUAAUAAAUCAUGUCCAUAUCAUUCAUAUACAAAAUAAUUUAGAAUGAGCAUUCAAAAUUUUUAAGAAUUUGAUAAAUAAAAAAGUAUAUUAAGGUAAGAAAUAUUUAUAAGUAUAGAUAAAAUGAAUGGAAAUAAAUAAGAAGUUUUUUGUAUUUGAUAAAAGAACAUAGUUAGAUUUAUUAAUAGAUAGAUUAAUUAUUAGAGAAAUUAAAUAAAUAUGAUACUUUGAAAUUGUUUGAAUUAUUAAGUAUUAAUGAUAGAUUAGAAUUUCAACAUUUAUAAAAUAAGAUAUAAGAAAUUGUAGGAUAAGAAUUUUUGUUAGAUUAUUCAGAUGUAGAAUAAUUGAUGAAUUUUUUUGGUGGAUAAAGUUAUGAAGAAUUUAAAUGUUCAUUAGAAUGCAGUAGGAUAUUUGAGAGAAAGCAACCUAUCAAUAUGAAUGUAUUGAAAAUGUUAUUCAUAAAAUUGAUAUUGUUAUUGUAAUUAAGUAGAUAUUUGAAAUAAUAAUACAAAAAGAAGGCUUUAAUAUAGAAUAAGGACUUGUUGAAUGAGUUUGGAGUGUUCUCUUAGUCAAAUGUUUUGUUGAUGGCAAGGAAGGCCAAGGUAGAAUUAAGUUUGGAUGAAGUUAAUGGAUUUUUUAAAGGUGAAGAAGUUCUGGAAGUUAGGAAUGUUAUGAGUUUUUUGAAAUGA